CCACGGUUCUCCAACUCCGCUUGUUCCUUUUUAGCAGUGAGAGAGCAGAACCUUCCAGCUCUUGCAGUAUGCUGCGAUUGCGUGUGUUCGUGUUUCUCGCCUCUGCCGCCUGUGUACUGGGAGCCUCGCUGCCGGUUCUCCGUGUUGCACACACUGGUCCCGCCAGGGGGCAGGGCGUCGCUGCAGGCCGGAUCUACGGCGGCCACGACGCAACGAGGGGUGAAUUUCCGUAUCUGGUAUCGCUGAAGAUAGGGGGAAUGUUCAUCAAGAGGCACAACUGUGGAGGCUCCAUUAUCACCAGCACAUCCGUGCUCACAGCAGCCCAUUGUGUCAGCAAUCUUGGCAGUUACGUUGCAGUGGCUGGAGAACUGGACUUGAGCACUGACGAAGGCACGGAGCAGGAGGCAAGGGUUUCGCAGAUGAUCCCACACCCCGAUUACCCAAGUGGUAAUAACGUGAACCCCAACGACAUCGCCGUCUUCAGACUGAGGACUGCCUUCACGUUCAACUCUUACGUACAGCCCAUUAGCCUGCCCAAAGCCGGAGUCAUCCCCACAGCUGGAUCAUCGGCUGUUGCGUCAGGCUGGGGAGUUACAGAGGACAGCAGCCAACCAGACAUCCUGCAGACGGUCGAUGUCGUCAUUAUCGAUGAAGCGACUUGUCGGCAACUGGUGGACAACUUUGUAUCCGAAAACCCGCUGACUGACACCAUGAUCUGCACAGGGCCAGUCACAGGAGGAAUUAGUCUCUGCAACGGUGACUCCGGCGGUCCACUUGCGCAAAACGGCACGCUGAUUGGCGUGGCUUCGUGGGUCAUCACCCCGUGUGGCAGGGAGGGAGGCCCCACAAUGCACACCAGGGUGUCUGCCUUCCUCGACUUUGUUAAUGAAAAUAUUUAAAACUGAAUUAUUUCUUUAUGUCUCUAGACUUUAGACUUGUUUACACCGACUUCCCUCUUUUAAUAUUUUUUCAUAAUCUCUUAACUAUGCCUUGAAACUAUUAAAUCUCCCACGGACUUGUUCCUUCUUCCUGUGAGGUUCUUUCACAGACAUGUUACCCUGCCUAGUCUUUUUUAAAGUAUCUUCGUUUCUCAUUUUAACUGUGCUCUUAACUUUUUAUUAUUACUCCGUAGCAGCAUAUUACAAAUGUUCCCAAUUUCUUCUCCAAAUCUCCGAUGACCCCAAUCCAUUUCUUGCAUGUUUGGUACUCCACAACUAACAAGUAUGUGUUAAAAUACAUCUUGCUGUACACCGUGAGCUGCAUGUAAUACCUUUCAUUGGCAUGUCGCUAUUCGAACGUAGAGCUCAUAGACAUCGUAAGAUGUAAAUACAGAAGAUUAACAAUGUUU